AUGCCGAAGCAGACCCGGCCAUGGCCGAUCGUGACCUGGUCAUUGGUCGCAUGUUUCCUGAUCGGGCUUGCAUAUCUACUCCAAUCAACUGAGCUCUCAUCCGCGCCGUUGAUCCUGCCUGGAAAGCAUCAUCAACACCCACAGAUAAACGGGGGAACCCCAGCUAACCCAAAUAUCGAACUACAUCCGCAGGAUCAUGUGCACCGAGAACCAGUGACACUGUACCUGGACUGGCAUAUUACAGCGGAUCACCGCAGACCGGAUGGUGUACUGAAGCGGGUCUAUGCCAUCAAUGACCUGUUUCCUGGCCCGACGGUUGAGGCCCGCUCGGGUGAUACCUUGGUCAUUACUGUUGUGAAUGGGUUGGUAGAUGAGUCGCUUGCCAUUCAUUGGCAUGGCCUUCAUGUAGCCAAUUCUAUGGAUGGGGCUGUCGGGGUUUCUCAAUGUCCUAUUUCUCCUGGGAGUCGAUAUGUAUACAAUUUGACUAUUCCAUCCGACCAAAGUGGUACUUUUUGGUAUCAUGCUCAUUCGGGGGUCGAGCGAGCCGAUGGUCUUUAUGGUGGACUAAUUGUUCAUGCGCCGGCUUCAAAGUCGACUGUUCGAGGCUUGAUGGCUGAAGAAAGGAACGACCAUCAGCCAUACACUUAUGACAAGGAACUUCUGUUGCUUAUCGGAGACUGGUAUCAUCGGCCUGCAACUGAGGUCCUUGAGUGGUACAUGGACCCUGGAAACUUUGGUAAUGAGCCCGUUCCCGAUUCCCUGCUCAUUAAUGGAGUGGGACGUUUUGACUGCAGCAUGGCUGUUCCUGCUCGACCGGUGGAUUGCGUUGAGGGUAUGAACUCAUCAAGCCUGGAUCUCGAUCCUAAUAUCACAUAUAGGAUACGGGUUGCCAAUACCGGCGCGCUUGCUGGGUUCACACUCUCCUUCAGCCAUCGUCUACUGGACCUGAUACAGGUUGAUAGUAUUGACGCACAGCGCUCCCAGCGGCGGGAUAUUAACUCUGUUGGGAUAUUGUAUCCCGGGCAGCGAAUGGACUUUAUCCUUCGUCCUUCUUUGCAAAAAGCCGAGAAGCAGUCAUACAUGACGGUUCAAUUGGAUCAAGACUGCUUCAGAUACGCCAAUCCAGCAUUGACACCCGAUCAAACAUUCCCCAUCAACCACCAUCCACCUUUCGCUUCCAAUUCCGAUACUAAUCAACAGCCACAAGUGAACAUCAACCAUCUAAACAUCCACAACGUACCAUCUGCACCCUCCGUCCUCAAUACACUCCCACCAAAAGCAGAACAAUCCUACGUAAUCUAUACAAAGAUCCAAAAAAUGGCCCGUUACUCCAACAAACCAUUCGGCUACAUCAACCAAACAACCUGGAAACCACAAGAUAAUCCACCAGCUCCAUUGAUAUCCCUACCACGCAUAGAAUGGGACAAGAACCAAUUCGCAAUUACGACUGGAUCAGAACCUUCAUGGGUUGACCUAGUAAUUAACAAUCUAGAUGAAGGAUCGCAUCCUUUCCACUUGCAUGGUCACGAUUUCUUCGUUCUAGAACUGCACCAAGCAACAUCCGGCUGGGGUUCCUACAACCCAUUCACAGAUGAAUCACCACCACACAUAGAUGCAGAGCUGGAACGGGACUCUAGCACAAGCACAAAUCCGCCAAGCAUGUACAACCUCUCUCGUGCUGCGCUACGGGAUACGGUCAACAUCCCGAGUCGAGGGUAUGCGGUGCUCCGAUUCCGAGCUGAAAAUGUUGGUGUGUGGCUUUUGCAUUGUCAUGUUCUUUGGCAUUCUGUUAGUGGGAUGGCUAUGUUGAUUGACAUUGGGGAUCGUAAUUGGGAUGGGGAUGCGGUGGGAGUUGGUGAUGGUGAUGGACAUUGUUCUGAUACUUCAACAUUGGGGAAAUAG